CCGAAGCCUCGUCACAGAACGCAACAUCAUUACUAGAGGCGAUCUUCCCCACCCGAAAACAGGCGGAUGUUCCCAAAACUUUGUCCUACAGGUCAGUUUGAGAUUCAGAAACCAGAAUGUCCAGCACUGGUCCCACAAACUCUUCAACAUUCAUCAUCCAGUUUCAACCAGGAACACAAGCAACACCUGUUACAACGGUGACACAUGCUCCUGCGCCUCUUCGUGGACUUCAGGCAUUCCUGAAAGGACAACCGAAAGCCCUUGGGACAGUCCAGAUAAUGGUCGGUGUGCUGACUCUCCUGUCUGGCAUUGUAUCUACAGUUCGUCCAGAUGGCAUCUUUGUCAUUAUUGGUGUUCCUUACUGGGGAUCUAUCAUUUACAUUACUGCAGGCUCACUCUGCAUUGCUGCAGAAAAUAACAUUAAUUCACCGUCUGGUUUGUGUUUGAUGAAUGCUUCACUUGGGAUGAACAUUUUCAGUACUUUAACUGCAGGCAUCGCCAUAGUUUUCAUUUCACUGGAUUUCAUACUCCCAUCCACUUACUGCAGCAACUGUAAUCAAUUAGUGAACAUGUAUUUGACUCUUUAUACGGGAAUCAGAGGCAUAUUGAUGUUACUGGCCGUGCUUCAGUUUAUCAUCUCCAUCUGUCUGUCAGGAUUUGCCUGUAAAACCUGCUGUUGUCCUCCUCAGAUACGAGAUGGGGAUGUUUAUCAGAAACGACAUGGGGAUGUUUAUCAGGAUCUGGGACGGCGAGACACGGACACCUACAACACCAUCUAUCCCGGGAAUUAUUAGUCGCUGGCCUGAGAAACUCUCAAAACGUGCAGCUCAUUCAGUCUUCAUGCCCCAAAAACUGUAUUUUUGCUUUGUUUAGGAGUAAGUUUUAUAAGAGUUUUGUUGAUCAUGAGAUUCUGCUUUAUUGUCCUUGUUUACGUUUACAUAUGUCUUUGAGACAAACGACACAAUUAAUUUAUAAAAUACAUGUGUAAGCCUC